AUGCGGGGAAAGCUGGACGAAAACAAGAUAAGGGCGGAAGUACCCUUAAUUGAUUAUGCCCAAAAUAGGCACGGCCUCUGGUGCGUCGACAGCCCCGUCUUCCGCCCCAGGAAGGGCGCGAGCUUCAUGCGCACGGUGCCACAAGCGAAAGAAGAGAUGCGACAGAGUAUUGCCAUCAUGCAAGAAUUGCGUCUCGGCGCGGAUGAGAUGUAUGUUCAGGGCCUAGAAGAAAAGCUUCGCUGCCUGAGGGCCGUGGCUGCUGAAGAGCGUAAUGUGCCCCAAAUUGCACAAGGCCCACAGAUUUUGAGCAACAACCAACUCAAUAAUGACUUUGAAAUGCCAGAAAUUACAAUCCUGGACCAGGAAUACAGCCCCCAAGGCGUUUGGGGCAGCGGACUAGGAAACACAACCAGCGUUGCCGAUAACGCCCAAGGUCUGAUGCAAGACCCUGUGACAAACUCACAGCCCGCAGCGGACCAGACGCCAACAUUUGCCCAGCAACUAACAGCGCUUUCAUUAGAAGCUACUGCUGAACGGCAUUUGGGAUCGACUACGGGACUCUCGUUUGCAACUCUGACCCAGAUCAUCCUGCGUCGUUUGACGCCAGACAAGGCGGACUUUGUAUUCAAUAGCUAUCAAGAAAAUGCCACGCGAAUAGAUGUAUUAGACCCAGGCUCUCCUUCAGACCCUACCAGUGACUCCUUCUUUCAGAGCUUGAGUUGGUCCAUCUCUGCCCAUCCACUACUGUUUGGGGACCUUUUCUUCGCCGACUUUGCUGCGGCUGACGCCUCCAUUGACUCUAUGGCCUGGCCAAACGAUGAGACGCAUGUGCGACAGUUGGUAAAUUUCUAUUUUGCUCACUCUCACACCCUAUACCCCAUCCUUAAGCGGUCUGAGGUCAUGGACCUCUUUGAAAGGAUCCAUCAGAAUCCCGAGAACUUGGCCACGCAAGCUCCCCUCGACGCCUUCAGAAUAUGGAUGGUCCUGGCCAUCGGAUCCACCGCUUAUUCUUCCGUCACUCUCACUGAGGAAUCGGAAUCAAUGCUGUUCUACAACAAGGCCCUGCAGUAUUCAGAGCACGCCUUAGCAAGCGACGAGAUGACUACCUUGGAGGCCAUAACGCUCCAAGUUUCUUAUUCCUUUUUCAACCAACUGGGUCCUAACACCUGGUUUCUUGUUGGCACGGCUGCACGUCUAGCCUUGGGAAUGGGGCUCCAUGCGGCCUCGUCAUAUCGCAAGUUUCCUCUGGAUGUGCAACAAAGACGCAAACGCAUAUUCUUUUCGAUAUACAUGAUGGAUCGUGUCGUUUCUAUUACCUUGGGCAGACCGUUCGCACUUCAUGAUGACGAUAUCGAUGUAACUCCUUUUGAGAAUGCGGAUGAAGAAUUUAUACACGCUGACUGUAUAAGCCCCCAAAGUUCUCUCCAACCAUCGCUGAUGGCCGUUCCACUACACAUUCUGUCACUGCGGAAGAUAGCAGGCAAAAUUUCACGACAAGUCUAUGGAAACAUCAAGGACGCAUAUUUGACGCAACAGGAGCGCGAAGCAGUUAUUACUUCGUUACAUCAAGAGCUUCUCGACUGGCGUCGGAGCAUGCCCUUCCCGCUCCCCGACGUAAACGACAACGUGCCACAUCUCAACACAACUUGGUAUGACUUCAACUACUAUACACACCUCGCAAUGAUAUAUAGACCAUCACCGCUUUGCCCUGUUCUAGACAUAAAGCGGAUAAAAGAGUUGGAGAUGGCAGCUUCAAUGUCGCUCCGCCAAGCUUUUAGCAUGCACCAGCAACAACGAUUUGCAUACAAUUGGUUGAAUUUUCUCGCUCUCUUCACGGCGACUUUGUCAUUGGUCUAUGCAACAACGGCUCAAUCAGAUAAUCUACGUCAUGUUUUGAGAAACACGCGAGCUAUCGCUGAUCUUGAUCUUGCAACGCAGCUUUUCGAAACCCUCGGACUCAAGUUCUCGGCGGCUAAGAAGAUUCAGGUCAUGAUUACCGAGAUAUCCCGGCGAUAUAAGGAGGUUCGCGCCCUGGAGGCUGUGGAGUCCCAUUUGGCUUUAAUAUGA